GACAAAAACAGGCGUCUCUUGUUAGACACGUGUAGGCGUUUGAGAGAACAGAGAAGAGGUGUCUUCGUUCUUCGUCGUCCUCCUCCAUCCUGCGAUCUCUCUCUCUCUCUCACUCAGAUUCCCUUAUCUUGUCAAUUACUUUCUGUGAGGGUCGUGCUUGAUCCUAUGAGAAAGAGCGUGAGUUUGAACAACUUGUCUGAGUAUGAGAGUACUGAGGAGACCUUAAAGAUCGUUGGAGAGGAUGGAGAUGGACAAGCCAAGAACAAAACAUCCUCCUGUUACGCCUCGGCUGAUGACGCUGUUCUGGUUUCUGCUAAUCGUGAGAGGAAACGAGUUCCAUGGACUGAGGAAGAGCACAAGCUGUUCCUGCUUGGUCUGGAGAGAGUACUAUUACCGUCGAUCUCCCUGAUGCGCUCAGCCCAAGUCUCACACUGCGUGUGCUACUUACUCUGUGUUACUUGCAGAAUAAAGGAAGAGGUAAAGAGUAAGAGAGCUCAUAAGGAAGUUUGCAACUCGAGCUCGAGGAUGAGUGUGGUUUAUAGUUUGAUUGUGAGGGAAGAGGAGGUUCUGAUGGAGCAGAGGAAGAGAGAGUGUGGAGGUUGUCUAAGAGACAACAUAAGAAGUAUCUACCAAUAAUGUACACAUUUCCUAUUGUUUCUUAACAUUGUUUCUUAGUCUAAAAAUAAUAAUAAAGAAUGCUAAGGACUCUAAA